AUGCCAAUCUGUUCUACGUGUACGUCUGCGAUAACCAGCAAGACCCCGGGUUUGCCGUGCAGUGGUUCUUGCGAGAAGUACUUCCACGGCAAGUGCGUCGGCCUGAGUGGGCAGGACGUCGGACGACUCAUUAUGCCUGGCGCUCUCUGGAACUGUGCUGAUUGCAGGAGCGUUAGCCAGAAACGAGCAUCUCUUCUAGCCGCCGGAAAUGAUGAUGAAAUAGAAGGGGAAUGCUCUAUCAGUUCGAUGAGCAUUCUUAAAGAAAUUCAAACAGAGAUGAAGGCGUUCAAUAGCAAAUACGAUACUAUUUUAGAAUCUGUGAAUUUUUGUAGCAAUCAGAUAACAACAUUUGAAAGAUUGUUGAGUGAAUUAAAUAAGAGAAUGACAACCAUUGAGAAACUCUCGAAGGAAAAUGCUGAUCUGAAAGUGAUGGUUGGACAGUUGACAACCAGAAUAGAUAACAUCGAACAACAAGCACGCCUCAAUAAUAUUGAAAUACAGGGUGUACCUGAGAAAUCCAAUGAGAACAUUAUUCAAAUACUGGAACAUAUUGGUCAACACAUUCAGUGUACUAUCUCGCCCUCUAAUGUCAACUCAACUCAUAGAGUUGCUCAUUCUACUCAAUCUGAGAAGCCUAAGUCUAUCAUCGUGAAAUUUCACUCCAAAGUGAAGCGAGAUGAAAUCUUAGCAGCAGCUAAAAUUAAAAGAUUAAGCUACUCUGACAAGAGUCAACCGGGUCUUGUCAUUGAAAACAUUUCGAGGGGACUCUUCAUAAAUGAACACCUGACAACAAAUACUAAACUCCUUCUUAAAAAAGCUAAAGAUAUGUCCAAAUCAAACAACUAUAAAUUCGUCUGGGUGCGAAACGGUGGUGUCUUCGCCCGAAAAAAUGAGAGAUCCAAAGUUCUGAGAAUCGUCAAUGAAAAACUUAUUGAAAUCAUAAUAAAGAAAAAGGUGCCUAAUGAUGUGAAACUUAGUGAAAAUGUUCGUAGAAUGAUCGAAGGUGGAGAUAACUGUGAGUUUUUUGAUUCUAUCAGUGACUCUCAACCAUUUGACAUAACCAACAAAUUGACCAUCACUAACUUGAAAUGUGAAAUCAAAUGUAAAGACACUGAAAUUGAUUGUUUGCAAAGAUUGAAUAGUGAAUUAGUGCGAAGCAUAACCGACAAAGAAACAAUCAUUAGCCUGUUGAACUCAGAUAUACAAAAUAGAAAUAGACCGAGUGGUGAACGUAAACAACACUACAAUGUUGCCACGCUGACGAAUUCAACCAGGGCUUCUGUUAUUAGUAAGCCACAAACGGAAAGUAAGAAAAAUUAUUCAACGAUUGCUAGUAAACAAUCUAUAACUGUAGAGCAAGUUAGCGAAAGCAUUAAUCAAGCGGGAACGUCUAAACAGAACCAACAUCUGGUCCAACCGAAUGAACACAACGUUACACCGGUGGUUACACCAUGGACAACAGUUAACCAUAGGAAGAAAAGAUCCGAAUUACUAGUAGGUACUAAUAGUUUAUCAAACUCUUCGUUGAAAGGGAUUCCCAAAACCAUGGUGUUGCAUGUAUCGAGACUAAAUCCCAACACUACAACGGAAGAUUUGAAGUCAUUUUUGAAGCCGAAUUUUCCAGAAGUAGUCUGCGAGAAUUGGAAGUCCAUAGUUCCCGAGAUAUACGCAUUAUUUAAAGUCACCAUCUAUGACAAAAACUCACAAAAGGCCAUGGAGUCAUCUGUAUGGCCUGAGGAUGCACACGUUCAGCGGUUUUUUUUUUCAAAAAGAACAUGGAAACUGUGA